AUGGCAGACUGGCCUGUGUUGGUGUUACUGGGAUUUUAUUUCUUCUCCCCUGCCAUAUGUUCUAUGGUGAAGGUUACUGAUGGAGGAUAUGAUGACAUUGUGAUUGCAAUCCACCCUGCAGUACCCGAAAAUGAAACAAUGAUAGAAAAAGUCAAGUUAAUGAUAAAGGAAGCUACGCAGGAUUUAUUUAACGCAACUAAACAAAGACUUUUUAUCAGAAGUAUCAAAAUCUUAAUUCCUUUAACCUGGUCACAAAAAGCCACUUAUGGCACUCGUAGCAGAGAAAAAUAUGAGACGGCGCAUGUUAUAAUUGCCAACACAUUAUUAAAUAUUGGAGAUGGCCCUUACACAAGGCAGUAUGGGGGCUGCAGAGAACAAGGAAGAUUUAUUCAUCUGACUCCAAACUUCCUGAUGAAUGAGGAUCUGAUUUCAGUGUAUGGACCAAAAGGAAAGUUAUUCGUCCGAGAAUGGGCCCGACUUCGUUGGGGAGUCUUUGAGGAGUAUAACACUGACCAGCCCUUCUAUAUUUCUCCAGACCUUCAAGUAGAGGCAACACGGUGUUCGGUCAAUAUUAGUGGUAUUUAUAGAGUUCCGGAGCAUGUAGAAGAUUCCUGUUUAACUAAGAUGUGUACCUUAGAUGCUGAUACUGGUCUGUAUGAUCAACGUUGCACUUUCUUCCCGGAGAGGAAUCAGAUUGCUACAGAAUCUAUCAUGUAUUUCCCUGGUCUGAACUCUGUAUCUGAAUUCUGCACUGAAGACACUCACAGCAUGGAAGCUCCCACAAUGCAGAAUCGGAUGUGUGACUGUCAUAGUACAUGGGACAUUAUUAGGGAUUCCAGUGAUAUCAACCUGUCACUUCCAAGGGAUGAUGUCAACCUUCCCGAGCCGGUCUUCUCUCUUCUGCGCCACAGAGAAAGAGUGAUCACUCUCCUGCUAGAUGCCUCUGAAAGCAUGGCUUCUAACAAUCGUCUGUGGCGAGUCCACCAAGCAGCAGACAUAUUUCUCACUGAGGCGAUCGCUCCUGGAACUUACGUUGGCCUUGUUGAAUUCUCAUCGUACCCAUUCACCCUGUCUGAGCUCAGACAAAUCAAUAAUGACGCAGACCGUGACAAACUGAAGACAUUUCUUCCAACUGCAGCUUCACAAUAUGGAUCAGACUUCUGCUCUGCUAUUCAAAUGGCUUUUAAGGUGAACAAAAAACUUUAUGGAUCCGUAGAUGGAACUGAAAUCCUGUUUCUGGCAGAUGGAAGUGAUAUUAAAUCAAAGCUGUGUUUUCCUGACAUUAGAAACAGUGGAGCCAUUAUUCAUGUAAUUGCUUUGAGCUCUACUGCGGCAAAGGAUUUGGAGGAGAUCGCUCAUAUGACAGGUGGUUUGAAAUACUUUUCGACAGAUAAUCUUCAGUUGAAUGAUCUCAUUGAUGCCUUUAUUGGAAUCUCAAAUGAAAAUGGGGAAUUCGCUGGGAGGGUUAGUCAGCUAGAAAGCAACAGUUUCAUUGUGAAUCCAGGUGACUGCUUGAAUGGCACUGUCCUCAUAGACAGUACAGUGGGUGGGGAGACAUUCUUCACUGUUACCUGGCAGUCUGCUGCACCGAAUAUCAACUUAAUAGAUCCAGCAGGAAAUGUAUAUUCUACAGACAACAUCACUAUCCAUAACUCUGCCCACCUAAGCAGGCUGAAGAUCCCUGAAUCGGCCAUGAUUGGAGUCUGGUCCUAUGUCCUGUGCAAUACAAUUACAUACAGUCAGGUCUUAGGUCUGGUAGUGACAUCCAAAGCUGGAAAUGCAAACGUGCCACCGAUCACUGUAGACGUUUACAUGAACAAGGACACAAAUAAUUACCCCACGCCCAUGAUUGUGUAUGCAACAGUAAGCCAAGGUCUACUGCCAGUUAAAGGGGCAAGGGUCACCGCUAAAAUCAGUUCAGAAGAAGGCAGCCUUACUUUACUUGAACUUCUGGACAAUGGAGCAGGUGCUGAUAUAGCAAAGAAUGACGGCAUCUACUCCAAGUAUUUUUUUACAUUCCCUGUAAAUGGGAGAUACAAUGUGAAAGUACGGGUGGAAGGGGAAGAAGGUGAAUGCAGGCUGACGCAUCCCAGAGGCCGUGCUUUCUACUUACGAGGCUUCGUGGAAAAUGGUAAAGUUGUUAUGAAACCAUCAGAUCCUCUGGGUGAUGCGGUUCUACCUGCAGUAGGAAGCUUCAAAAGAGCCAUAACUGGAAGCUCUUUCGUGGUGUCUGCCGUAGCUGAUGCAGGCAAAUACAUCUAUCCACCAUCAAAAAUUACAGACCUGGAAGCUCAGAUUAAAGAAAACAGAGUUGUCUUAUCAUGGACCGCGACUGGGGAUGAUCUGGAUUGGGGAACUGCUCAGAGUUAUAAAUUAGGGAUGAACAAGAAUAUUAAAGAACUCAGGGACAACUUUAAAGGAUCCACCCUGAUGGAUAUUUCCAGUGUUACUCCAAGCCCAGCUGGAACAAGAGAAGAAUUUCAACUUAAUCAAAUGCUUGAUACUGCAAAUGGGACAGUCUUGUACUUUGCUUUGAUUGCGAUUGAUAAAAACCUCCAGGAAUCAGCCACAUCUAACAUAGCUCAAGCUGCUUUUUUACCCCCUAUAACUCCAGGAUCCACUGCUCAGCCAAUCACUAAAUGUUCCACUCCCAAUCCUAAAACCUGCACCACUGUGAAAUUCAUCCAGGAAUGUGACCCAACAAUCCCCCCAAAACAACCUCCUACAUGUCCACCUAAACCCUCCCCAAAGUGUACCACUCCAGGACAAACAACAGACUGA